AUGGAAAAUUUUUCAGAGUUCAAUGCUGAAGACUAUGCUGACAAUCAGGAAGCGCCUCUUGAAGAAUUAUUUAAUCAUUUGGAUCACUUUAUUAAUUAUCUUCAAUAUGAUAAUAUUAAUAUCGAUCAAUUUUUAUCUGCUGGUACAACUUUAAUUAAGCGUGAUAAAAAUCCUCCUCGUGGUAAAUCCAUAGAAGGCAUUGAAUAUAGUAUUCCACCGGAUACUGAUUUUCAUAAAUGGGUACAAGAAUUCGAAAAAUCGACGGGAGCACUCUAUAUAAAAUGUCAAAUAUUUCAUAAUGAGGGAAAUGUAAGUUUGCGAGUAAUCUACAAAUGUCAUCGUGCUGUGACCUACCAAAGCAUAGCAGGUAAAGAUCAAUCAAUAAAAGAACCACAACCUAAUCAAAACCAAGCAAAAAAUGUGACUAAAGAAGCUAUUGUUGAUAAUCAGAUGAAACAUAAAUCUGAAGCGCAAAGUAUAGAAUUGUGGAGAAUUGAGCUCAAUCAAAAAAAUGACCUUACCUGCGCAAUUCCAAAAGCAGAAG